UGGUUGUAAAAUUGAUGUAGCGUACAGUAGCUAGGCAACUUGACAUGUAGUAAUGCUUAAUGAUAGCUUUACGUUCUCCUCCCCUUACAAUUAGAUGUAAGAAUGAUAUCGGGAUGAUUUAUGGAAUCUUCGGCAUUAGUCGCACACUUUGUCCGACAACACUAACUGCGAGUGGUGCUGCUGCUGCCGACAACGAAGGAGCAGCCUGUUCUCUCGGUGGAAAUACAGAUGAUGAUUCCAAUGCUGGUCAAGUGUGUGGGGGAUUAUGGCUACGCAGGACCCAUCGCCCCCCUCAUCUCUGGAAGGCAACAAACUGGGCUUCCCAAAGAAAAUUUUAGCGAACAAGCUUGAGGACAAACACCUGUGCAAUUUGUGCCAGAACAUACUGAGGAGGCCGUUUCAGGCGCAGUGUGGCCAUCGUUUCUGUUCGUAUUGCUUUAACAGAACUGUGGGACCUGGACCACAGAAAUGCAGUGCUUGCAUUAAAGAGGACAUAUUUGAGGAGCCGACAUCUAUUCUGAAACAAGGCUGCGCCUUUCCUGACAAUGCAGCUCGUAGAGAGGUCGAGGCCCUGGCGGCAGCUUGUCUCAACGAGGGAUGCGCUUGGAAAGGAAGCAUUAAAGAGUACGAGUCCAGCCACGAGGGAAAGUGUGAGUUCAUGAUCGUUCCGUGCCCCUCCUGCAAAGAGCUCGUACGGUUUAACGAGCAGGAGCGACACAGCGAGCGGGAAUGCCCGGAGAGAACGCUGAACUGCAAGUACUGCAAAGAGCCGUUUCACUUCAAGAGCAUAAAGGCGCACGACGAGAUCUGUCCUAAAUACCCCAUGAUUUGUGAGGGCUGUGCCAAGAAAAAGAUUCCUAGAGAGAAGUAUGUGGAUCAUAUUAAAAUCUGCAGCAAAUUCAGAACUCCGUGCAGAUUCCAUGUUGUUGGCUGUGACAUGUUAGUGGAAAAGGAGAAGAUUCAUGACCACGAGCGCACCUGCUCCUACGAACACCUGAACCUGCUGCUUCACUACAUCAUGGGCCUCAAGGUGAACUUGGAGUCCCUGCAGCCGCAGGGCCUGGAGCUGGCCGGCCUCAAGGUGCAGGAUCUGCACCAGUCCCUGCGGGACCUGGAGGUGAAGCUGGGCCAGCUGAACACGCAGGUGCCCUCCGCGCAGGGAGGCUGCGUCCCCGCCACCGGCCCGGUCGGCCCCGCCCCGGUUGGCCCCGCCGCCUGCCCCGCCCCGCUGCCCACCUCCUUCACCCCGGUGCUGCCCAGCGCGGUGGGCGCGGCCCUGGAGCUGCAGCUGCACGGCGAGAAGACCAAGGUGGCGGAGCUGAGCCGGCGCUGCCAGGACCUGGAGCUGAAGACGGGCACGUUCGAGAACAUCGUGUGCGUGCUCAACCGCGAGGUGGAGCGCUCGCACACCACGCUGGAGGCCAACGGCCGCCAGCACCGCCUGGACCUGGACAAGGUGGAGACCCUCAGCAACAAGGUGCGGCAGCUGGAGAGGACGGUGGGGCUGAAGGACCUGAGCAUCGCCGAGAUGGAGGGCAGGAUGCGGGAAAUGUCCGCCACCACCUUCGACGGCGUCUUCGUCUGGCGGAUCUCCGACUUCACCAAGAAGAGGCAGGAUGCCGUGGCUGGCCGGGCCCCUGCCAUGUUCUCUCCAGCUUUCUACACCAACAAAUAUGGCUACAAGAUGUGCCUGCGGAUCUACCUGAAUGGAGACGGAACAGGGCGGGGCACUCACCUGUCGCUGUUCUUCGUGGUGAUGAGGGGAGUGAGCGACGCCCUUCUCAAGUGGCCCUUCAACCAGAAGGUGACGCUCAUGCUGCUGGACCAGAGUAACCGGGAGCACAUCAUCGACGCCUUCCGGCCCGACGUCACUUCCUCUUCCUUCCAGCGGCCGGUGAGCGAGAUGAACAUCGCCAGCGGCUGCCCGCUCUUCUGCCCGCUCGCCAAGCUGGACUCCAAGAACUCCUACAUCCGCGACGACGCCAUCUUCAUCAAGGCCAUCGUGGACCUGACGGGGCUCUAGUCUAUACUAAACCCUUUCCUCUGCGCCGCCAUUUUGGCUCCUCGGUUUCCUCUCCUCCACCUUCCCCCACCAGCAGCAUCACCGCCACCCUGCUCUGCCCGACCACCCUCCCAGACUCACUCGUGCUCUUCCUGUAGUUUGGGUUGAGGGAAGUGGUGUCCGCAGGGCGUUCAGGUAACUAUAUGAAUACAGACUACUGGUGGUGCUUCCCACACCCUUACCUUCUGAUUUUUUUCUUCGGUGGAAAGUCGGUCUGUUUUUGGAUAAUGUGAAAUGUCUGCCCGGCUCGCCAAGGGGUCUGGCUAAGCAGACGCGCGGCGUAACGCUAACUCUAGUGUCCAGUGAUGGUUGUGUGCUGUGGUGUGGUGUGGUGGACGUGGCAAAGGUGUUUACCUGGCGUCUCCAUACCACUCCAGUGUAAUUUCUGCCAAGCACAGCUGUGGUCCUUUGCGUUCUGCUGCUGUAACUCAAUGGCUCCACCAGGGGGAGAUGUGGUGCCAGAAAAGACAAGAGUUGCCAUUUAAAAAAAGAAAAUCCGUUGCUACUGAUUUAACAGUCUUUUGAAUCUACUGAGUAUUAAAUGUGGGACUUCAUAUGUGGGUUAUCCAGUAUGGUGUCUGCUAGUGAGUUUGUGUGAAGGGCCUGUCUCUGUCAUCUCACGAAAAUGAUCGAACCAGCCAGCGCUGAAACUGCUCUGUGCAUAGUUUCAGCUCUUCUGUAUGAUUUGAGCUAUCGAUUUCCACUGUCCUAGACCACUGUUUGUUUCCCCUCUUGAAACAUAUGGGUUGUGUGUGUGUGCGUAUAUAUUAUAUAUAUAUAAUGAUAAAUUACAAAGAAGUCAAAGACCUAUAUAAGCAGAGAUACGUAUGUACUGUAUAAUGACAGAUUUUUUAAUGUAAAGGUUGAAUAUUAUAUAUAUGAAUAUAUAUUAGUUAUCUAUAUUCAGUAAUAUUAAAACAUGCACACAUACAUACGUAUAUAUAUUAUAUAUAUAUAUAAUAAAACUAAUAUAUUAAAUAUGUUAAUAUAUAAUUCUUGUGAGUAUAUUCAUUAUCGUUAGGCUGGUUUGAAACAUGCUUAAGUCUCCUGUCACUAGCCGACAUUUCAGUUCAUAGGCAACAUCACACGUUUCUCAUUGUGCCAAAUACGUCUGCGGUGGGCAAAAAAGGAUGCAUCUGUUUCUGGAUUUCAUGCCAUCUGACAUUUUGGCUACAUCCCUUGAUAAGAACACUAAUGACAACUGAAGACUGUAAUAGUGUCCCUAUGUGAAAUGUGUGGCUGAGAUCGAAUGAACCAGAGUGAACCUGCAUUGGGGUAUACAGCCAGUUAGCUCAGUUAGCCAGGGUAAUUGGUGUAAACAAAGACCUGCAAUACACAUUGGCCCAUCCAGGGCUGGAAUUGCCCGGCUCGGGUCAAGAUAAUACAGCAUACUCUGUCAAUCCAGGUUACUCACGAAACAUACCAGAGUAGUACUGCCAAAUGUGAAUAUUCCGUUUUUCAGUGAACGAUUUUUUAAUGAAAAAAGAAACCUGUUGUAAUUGUGCAUAGAGUAGGUGUUCACGUCAUGUAAAUUACUGAAAGUUUUGGUUUUCUUCCAUAGUUACAUCAUUGAGAGCAGAUUCAAUGUGAUAAUUCUGUAUUGGUAUUGUUGUUCUGUUGUGCUCUGUAUCCCAGGGUUAAAAUGUCUUCUGAUUAUUUAUCCUCGGUGUUUUGUUAUUGCUUGCACAUCUUAUUUCAGGGGUUAUUAAAGGGUUAACUCUAUCUCCAAAGGGCCCUGUGUAAGCACUAUAUAAUACCUUCAUAAACACUACAUAGCACGUUCAUAAGCAUACGGCAGCUGACAUACUACCACAGUGUGCCAUUUACACAUUUUAUAAGUGACAUUAUUGGGACAAAUGGUGACAUACCACAUGCUAUUACAGCCUGUGCUACUUAGCAUAUAUGAUUAUGCAUAUCUUGUGUGUAGUACAAAUGAGGUCCUUCUGCCCUGUUUAACUUUACAUUGGCUUUUCCUUGUGACAAAUGCCUGACUUCUUGCAAAAUCUGAUUCAUGUCACAUUAGAUUAUCGUUGCCUGAAUUCAGGUUAUUGGAUAUACCCAUAUGAGUAUGUCCAAAUCUGGUCCGUUCGAGCUGUAUCUGGAGUUAGGCCUUUGCCUGAUUGACUCCAUCUACAUCGGAUCUGAACGCUCCAGCUUACCUCUUCUGUCUACUGAGAAAUAACAUCCCAUAAUAAGCGAGCGGGAGUUACGGGCCAUCUUUCUGCAGAGGGUCCUAGUGUCCGACAGGACGCUGAACCCAACAGUUCCUCGUGAGAUCUCUGACUAAACCCAUGGAAUCCAAUGUACAGCGUGUCAGGAACUGUGUGGUCAGAUGAUCGUGUGUAUUGGAUAUAGGGAAGUCAGAUUGGUCUGCUGUAUCAGUAUAAGUGUACACCUGGACUUAGUUCCACUGUUGGACGCCUCAUUGAAAGUGUUGCCCAGUUAGGUUAUCACUGGUAAAAGUGGCCCUCUGGUUGGUAGUAUAGUAGUAUGUACUGUAUGUAUGUACUUGGCCACUGCUUUUGCUGGCAAAGAUGCAUCAGGCAAUUCUGAUAAACCAGUUAUUCUGAACAAAAAGUAAAUGAGUGUAAUUCUGCAAGCCUUGUAUUUAAACAAAAAAAAAACAUUCUUAUUUACAUGUGCUUGGCACCUGAUGAUAAUUUUAAUACUAAUGGUAGGAGAUGUCACCAACAUUAUCGAGGAUGUUUUUUUAAUGUAAACUUACUGUACAUACAGUGAUCCUUUGAAUUUGCAAUCUUCUGUUCCAUACUUUAUUUAAAAAUAUGUGUAUGGCUCAAUAAACUGACUUGAUGGGAA